AUGAGUUCCAACGGGCCUCCAGCGCAGGCAUUCAUACACCGAUUGCCGAACGAGAUACUUGUCAUGAUAUUCUUUCUCUAUCAGUCCCUACAACCAGCCGGAUAUUGGUAUCAGUCGCUCAUGCGCGUCGACCUUGGGUGGAUUCGAUUAAUGUUCGUCUGCGAACGCUGGCGCGAAAUCAUCCGCAACACUCCUGGUCUCUGGACUCGCAUUGGAACAUUUUACAACCGCAACCUCAUGGCAGAGUUCUACCAGAGGGCUCGAGACGCACCGUUAAACAUCGAUCUGGACACUCUAUCGAUGGGCCAGAGCAUCUACGCUGAUCUGUGGCCUAAAAAUGCACGCUGGACAUGUUUCACCCCUCUCAUCACACAGAACAUAUCGAGCACGACUUUUCCGAAUCUCACUUGGAUCGAUGUCUUCCUGCCAACGACAUGCGGCAGCCUCUCUGCGAUUGUCGCACCGGCGCUCGUAGGCCUUGCCUUGCGGAGCGAUGCCGCAGACCAGAGUCAAUGCCCUGUCAAUGUUUCCGUGCUUAUCGAUAUCUUUCAAACUUGUCACGCGUUGAAGAGUGUCAAACUCGUGCGAGUGAUUAACGCUGGCGUUCAAUGCAAGUUCCCGCAUACGAGCGGAGCCCGACGAUCGCUCACGUCACUGGAGAUCGCGUCAUUCGACGAACGACUCCUUGAUGUCAUCACCCACUUCUACGUCGUACCCCAGGACGCGAAGCUAGUAUGUGAACUAUACGGGGUGACCGACCUACCGCUCGUUGUCACGACCGCUCGACGCCUGUACGGCGACGGCCUACCCCUAUCCCCCGCAGAACUCUCGUUGGAUCGAGCGUCGGAUUGUUUAUACGACGAGAGCGGGCUGAGGGCGCUCUAUUCGUCGUCGUACUUAGCCGUAAAGGUUAAUUUCAGCGAAUUACGAAGUCUAACACUGAGAUUGGACGCCGAGCACCCGACAUGGCAGUGGCAUGAUCUCAUCGCUUCGUAUCCUUGCGCGUCCAUACAUGCACUGGCGUUAGGGGACGAGCUUUACGACGGAGACGACGAAGUACCUGAGCAUUGGGAACCACAAACAAUUGUGCGGGCUCUCGAAAGCGUCCAUUCGCUUACGCUGAAAGAAGAGGGUCAGUUUGAUAUCCUUUCAAACCUUUCCGACGGGCUCCUUUUACGCUCAAUCACGAUCAAGUUAAAGUCAUUCGAUGCGGCUUCUAACUUAACCCGUCUGUGGUACUUCCUGCGAGACAACAAAACAAGCCCGUCGCAUUUCACCACCACCUUUCUUGGACGGACGACCAGGCAUCAUUCUGUCAGCCACUUAGUAGCCAAGGAGGCCCCCCUCAUCGCGGCUAUCGCCCAACUAUCUACUGUCGUGGAUGAACGAACGAUGAUGAAGCCGCACAAGACCAAGAAUGGGAAGGUGCUUGUGUUUGGGCCUGACACCGCGUAG